GAACGCGGACUCUUUGUCCGCGUGAAUUAUCAACCAGCGGGAUGCGGACCUCGCCCGCCCGCUCGGGUCAGACGGUCCCCGAGAAUGGCAGCGUGGCUGCUGACCGGAAACGGCCUUGGCUGUCUGCUGACAGAUUGCCCAGUAAGUGUGGAUGCGGUCCCUCCCACGCCGCAACUUCUGAGGGGCUGUUUCCAGCAGCCUGCGGAGGAAAACCUUAGAAUUUUCCAGUUUGCGAGUUGAACCCCUCCACUCACACAAAGAUGCGAAAACGGGUCUAGAACUUGCCCGGACUCACUGGACUAUUCGGUGCGAGGGCGCGGCGGAGAAACGCACCCCCAGCCCCCUCGUGUGGCUCAGCCCCGCGCACACUGCGCCCCCGCCCGAGCUCUGCUGCUCUGCUCUGCUCUGCUCUGCAGGAGAACCGGCUCUCUAGGGUCGUCUUACCGUAGGCCAACCGCAGUAAGAAGGAGAUGCCGGUGACUUAAAUCCUAAUUCAGAGAUGGAGACGCCAGGCUUGUCUUCUACCAUCUCUGAGCAGCAGCUGCAGAGGCAAGAGGGCCUGAGCAACACCAAAACAGACUCGGCUGACCAGAGUCUCAUCUCGUCUGAGGAAUGGCUUCAACUGCAUGGGCUUAAGAGCAACAAAUUGACUUUGAAACAGAUUUUGUCGCAGAUUGGAUUCCCACACUGUGAAGAUUAUGUGACUUCUCUGGGGAGAUUUGUGGCUUCCCGGUACGCUGAUGGCCUAUUUCCACGGUUCUACAGAGCAGAAGAUGGCAGAGUAUACAAUUUAACAGCUAAAUCAGAAUUGAUCCAUGAAUUUGUGGAACAUUUAACACAAGCUGUGGAGAGCUACAAGCGGCGGAUGGACUGGCUCACCAGCAAGAGCCGGCAGAUUUUUGGUGUUGUCUUGGAGCAAUGCAUCACCAUAGUGCUGGAUUUUGGCGGCAUGCUGGCGGAGGAGCUUCAUCUGUGCCACGAUGCUCUCACCAUGGUCCUCCAGGAGCAGGUGGCUCACAUAACCAUGUUCAAUAUCAUAUGGGUUUCUCAAGAGCCUGUGAAAUGGCAGGAGGAUGCUGCUCCUGUGACGGAACAGUCCAUAGCUGCUGCCAUCAGCUGGGUUGGGAAACUGACUUUCAAGUUGGCCACGAGCCAGGCUGGCCGCCUGGACGCUUUGCUGGAAGCUGGGAAAGACAAAACCAUUGAAUCCAUUUACUACUUUGUGGUGGGGGAUGUUCCUGAGGAAUCCAAGGAGCUUCUCCUUCAGAGGGUUUUGGAGAUCCCAUGUCCUGUCUGCACAGUGUCCUUCAAUGCCAGAGGAGAAGGCACUAUAGCUUUCUUAAGGGAUCUGAGUGCCCAGACGCACAGCAGAUUCCAUGCCUUCGCAGUGAGAACGGAGUGUGUGGAAUUGCCUGCAUCCUCCACAAAGGCUGGUGACAAUGUAGCUACAAGGAAACUGAAAGGAAAACUCCCUCCAGGAGCCGGGGUCAGAGAGGACGUGUUUCUCAUUUGGAGGGAGAUGGAGGAAGCCUACAGCACACUGGCCCAGAUCCAGAGACUGGUGGCUGAGUCUUCCAAGUCUGGCAUGCCCACAACAGACCACGAAUCAGGAGCAACCUCUGUUGAGAAUGAGUCAAAUCCAGAGAACACCUGGGACUCUAAGAAGUGGCUACAGAAAUACGGCUUAAAAGCUCAGAAGCUGUCAUUUUAUGAUGUCCUUGCUGACUGCUCCUUCCGCCAUGCUGAUGGAGUUGUUGAUAUAAAAUCCAAACCGGAGAACGAGUCUGUGCAGACCAGUGCAGAGACCAACAAGAAGAAAGUCCAUGCGAAAUACUGCAGCAGAUUUAUCCAUGCUCCCUGGAAGGAUGGGAGCUUGGUCCAUGUCUGCAUGACCAAAGAGAAGUACACAUGGUACAGUGAGAGAGUUCAUGAAGUCCUGGCCCAGAUCCAGAGGAGGAUUAAAUGGCUACAGAAUGGGAGUCAAAUCCUCUUUGGACAAGUGUGUAAUGAUUGUGUCUACAUUCUCAUUGAUACCUCCCACUCAAUGAAGAGCAAGCUGGAUUUGGUGAAGGACAAGAUCAUCCAGUUUGUGCAGGAACAGCUGAAAUAUAAAAGGAAAUUCAAUUUUGUACAAUUUGAUGCUCAAGCAGUUGCUUGGCAGGAGAAGCUUGUAGAAAUCAAUGAAGACAAUUUGAAAGGGGCUCAGUCCUGGGUUAGAGACAUAAAGAUUGGAAGUUCCACAAACACCCUGAAUGCCCUUCAAAUUGCUUUUGCUGAUAAAGAAACACAAGCAAUCUACCUUUUGACAGAUGGGAGACCUGAUCAGCCACCUGAAAUGGUUAUAGACCAAGUCAAGGUUUUUCAGAAAAUUCCUAUUUACACCAUCUCCUUCAGUUACAAUGAUGAGAUUGCAAAUGGAUUUCUGAAAGAUCUUGCUGCUUUGACUGGAGGAGAGUUCCAUGCUUAUAAUUUUGACUGCAAGAAUCCCUGUUCUUCAGAGGCUAUUCAGAAUGAAGAUCUCACUCUUUUAAUUAAGGAAAUGGAGCAGGGGCACAGUGACCUGGAGAAGGUGCAAAACCUUUAUUCAGAGUCCUUGAUCAUGGACUGGUGGAACAAUGGAGAGAAGCAAGGAGAUAAUAAGUAUCAAAAAGAACUCUGUUCUAUGAUUUCAACCCCAGAAAAAUGUGCAAAAUCUAACUCUGAUAUUGAAUCUACACGAACGUCAUCCCUAAAUCUGUCGAAAAUACCAGGGAAUCUUUCAAAUCAAAAGAUUCAGAAAAAGAAAGUCCUCCAUGCAGAAUCCACCAGAACCAGCCUGCUCAGAAGCCAGAUGUCCACCCUUAAAAGCACAGACUGCAGUGAGAGGAAGGAUGGCCUUUCCACUUCCAGCCGCCGGGACACUCCAAGUGACAGAGGAAUGAGCAUCCUUCUGACAAGCGAGCACUCAGAUGACAAAUCAUCAGAAAGACUGACUCAAGAGGGAGGCCAGGUUUCUGAGCAAGAUUCCUCAAGCACAUCUUCAGCAAACUGGCUCAGGACACACGGCUUGGUUGCCAAGAAACUCACCAUCCUGGAUGCCUUGUCGGUGACAGCGGUCCCUCACAGCCCCGCCUGUGCUCCCGUUCUGGACAAGCAUGUUGUUUCCAAGGUCUUUGAUGAGGUGCUCCCUCUGGCACAUGUGAGCUACAAUGCAAAUAAGAUGGCACUAAUUAACCCCCAAGGAGUCAAGCUCAGUAUCUACAAGCAAAAAGUGGAACAGGCAAUUAAAUCCUAUGAAAAGCGCCUGAAUAAAAUUGUUUGGCAAGCAUUAUCUCAAGAGGAAAAAGAAAGGUUAGAUGCAAACAAACCAAUGCAGUACUUGGAAAACAAGGCAGCCUUAAACAAGGCAUUAGAGCGGUUGAACUGGCCCAUUUCAUUCAAAGAGCUGUCGAUUCUGGAAAAUGAAAUCCUAGCUGGGAAAAUGUACAUCAAGCAGGCCGUGGAAUUCCAGGAGGCUGCCAAGAAGGAGACUUAUGUGAGCAAGACCCUGGAAGAGCAACAGAAAUUUCAAGAAACUCCAACAAAAAAAAUCAAAUCAAAAAAAUGGGAUCCCUUCAAAGGCCAGAAGGUUAUUGCAAGAUGUGAUGAAAAUGGCUUUUAUUUUCCAGGGAUUGUGAAGAAGUGUGUGAGCCCCACCCAUGCACUAGUGGUCUUCAGAUAUGGAGAUACCAAGGUUGUGCCCAUCUCCUUUAUCACUCCUGUUGGGGGCGCCAUGCCCUGCCCGCUGCUCCAGGUUGGAGAUUACGUGUUUGCCAAGAUUGUGAUACCCAACGGAUUUGACUUCUAUGUCCCUGCUAUUGUCAUAGCACUUCCAAAUCAGGAUGUGGCCCAAGAUAAAUUCUACACAGUUUUAAAGUGUAACAACCGGAGAGAAUUUUGCCCUCGGAGUGCACUUAUUAAGAUCAGCCAAAACAAGUACGCCCUCUCCUGCUCUCAUAUAAAAUCACUCCAAACUCAGGAGGAUCCAAAAAUGGAGAAUGUGGACCCAAAGAACUCUACUUUCCUAAUAUGGCCACUCAAAAAAACUGACACUGGGGGUUCAGGGGAGUCAAGACAGGAGAACCCUCAGAAGAAGGAAAAGAAACCUGCCAGGAUGUUGCCUCUCCAGGAAGCAGCGUCCUUGGACCCAGAUGAGUCUUCCCGUGGCAUCAAGGCCCAAGGCGCCAGCCCUAAGUCCAAGGCAGGAGGGAGACGACAUCGUUUAUCUACAGAACACCCCGAAAUCUUUGUGAAUAAUAGUCCACGUGAGGUCACUCCCCAGUUUCCAGGCCAGUUUAGGUUCCAGUACAACAGGAACUCUAACACCCUUAAGUAAUGCUGGCAUCCACUUUCCCAGAGAAGGCCCUUGGCUUGGGGUCUAGGAGUCAGCCAGCCACCGCUGCCACACCCGCCCCUCGAGCAGCCCCGCCUUGCUCUCAUAGAGCCGCCCCCAGCAACAAAGGGCCGAGGACCAUCACUGAGGAACCCUGAAGCAGGCUAGUGGCAACUGUGCUUACGAGAGCCAGCGUUCCUCCAAGGCCGCUCAGACUCCAGCCCCUCACCACUGUGUAACUAUCCCCUCUGCUGAGGUAAGGCCGCCCCCAUUCUACCCCUGCCUUCCUGUUCUUUAAAAAGGUAGACAUCCCUGUCAUCCCCCACCUGGCUGCCUGCCUGUUCCAGCUAACUGGUUCCUGCUCUUCCUAACCAUUCUUUAUCGUAUUAUUUUCCCUGACCUUACAAAAUUGGACUCAUUUUUUUGGUAGACUCUCCCCACCAAGAAGUUUUAUCUGAGAGAUUUUACUGUCUAAAAUUUUUGGAUUUUUUGGAAGUGAGGCAGUUAUAAUCCAAGUCUGCAGUCUUCUUUUACAUUAUCUCAUCUGAAUUAGGAAUUUUAUCACUUAAUGUUAACACUGAAAUUCAGAUAUAGGAACUUGCCUGAUAUCUACAAAACUGAACAUUCCCUAUAUUACUGUUUUCUGGAAAUUUUUAUUGAGCCCUCCCUAAUUAUUUUUGUCUGUAGUCUGUUGUAGGUACCUCUCAUUGAGUGCAGAACCAGAAUAAAAACUCUU